CUUCUAGCCCUUCUAGUUCUACAGCAACUUCUAAACAACAAGAACAACAACAGUUAGAAGAAGGUCCUAAAUUACGUGUUGUGUCUUGGAAUGUGUUGGCGGAUGGGGACACUGGAGCCUUAAGCUGUAAGCAUGACUAUUGUCCACUCGAAUUGCGCUUAUGGAAGAAGGGAGGCUUGUUGCCAAAACACUUCAAUCAUGGAGCUGGUGUGGGUGGCUGUGGCAGUAGUAUGCACGUGAAUAAUGGACUUGGCGGCGUUGGAGGUGGAGGAGCGAACGCCACAGCGAAUAGCACACCUUGCUCUACUUCUGGGAAUAUGGAGCAACAGCAUCAGUUUUUUCAUCCAUCAAGUGGAGGACAACAUCACCAUCAAUAUCCACCUACCGCUGGCGCAGGACAACUACAACAUCAAGUACUAGAUCCUAAUUAUAUCCAGCAUCUAUGGAAUCAGGUACCUGGCGGGGGCCGGCUUCAUCGUGUCGUAAAGCGAAUACGAGAAUUGAAUCCAGACCUUUUAUGUUUGCAGGAGUGUCCGCGAGACUUCUUUGCUGAUUUUCAAGUGGAACUCGCUAACGAUUACAAGGGCUUUCACGU